AACCAUACUUCUUAAUUAAAUUUUGCAUCUGAUAUCAAACACGUUUCGUUUUUGCUCCAGAUUUCUGUCAACUAUAAAAGCUUCCGCUUCCUGUAAUAUUUGCAAGAGCGUCAAUAGUCAAAGCAACUUCGGAUAUCCAAAAUGCUAGUGAAGGUUAUUGUUUUCUGCAUCGCUGUCUCCAUUUCCCAAGCAGCUGCCCUAUUUCCAACAGAAGAAAGGCUGGAUGCUCCCAUACUCCAAACUGAAAACGUAGGAGUUGCUACCAAAGCUGUUGCAGCUAAUCCUGUCACAAUAUCAUAUAAAACCACUAUUGACCAUGUUGCCCCCGUGAAAGAAGCGGAUGCACCUGCAGAGAUUGCUUCUACCCAUAUCACCUCGACGACCAGUGAAAUUGCAAAUGGACUUGUAGGAAACAAUGUUGUCGGCGGUUUUCUUUCUUCUGCUGGAAAUGGAAUCGGCAGUGGUAUCAUCGAUAAUGGAAAGGGUACUACGAAUAACGUUCUCAUUGGUUCAAGUUACGGCACUGGGUUAGGAUAUGGAUCUAAUAUUGGGUCUUAUUCUCUUGGAGGUGGAAUUCCUGCUAAUGGACUUCUCGGUACUCGUUAUGGUGGUGAAUUCGGGCAUGGAAUCGCCAGCUCUACUUUUGGAAACGGAAUCAGUGGAAACAGCUUGCUGAACACUCAGGCUGGAGUUGGUCAUGACGUUGCAGAAGCUUCUCUUGUCGGAGGAGGACUCCUUGAUAACGGACUUUUUGCUACAACUGCUGACAAUGGACAUGGAAUUGCCACAGCUACUUUUGGAAAUGGAAUCAGCGCCGGCAAUCUACUGAAUACUCAGUAUAAUGCUGGAAUUGGACAUGAAACUCCUAUCGCUGUUGGAGGAGGAAUGCUUGGCGGUGGACUUUUGAAUAGCGGAUUACUCGGUAGUGGAUAUUUUGGGAAUAGACUUCUCAGCAUUGGUUACGGUAACGGAAUCGGACAAGAAACAGGCAGUAAUACUUUGAGUAUGGGAAAUGGAAUCACUGGUAAAGGACUUCUUGACAUGGGUUAUGGUGGAGCUUUAGACCAUGCGAUUUCCUCCAGUCCCGUCACUCUUGAAAGCGGAGUAUUUGGUAACAGUUUGCUAGGUACCCGCUAUGGAAAUAUAUUUGGACACGGUAUGCCCACAUCUUUAUUAGGUGCUAAUGAAGGAUUUCUUAGACAGGGAUAUGGCGGUAUUUUAGGUCUUAAUUCAGGACUGAAUAUAGGAUCCGGCGUUAUGAAAACUAUUUAUUAAACAAAUUCAUUUUUGUAUUAAAUUAUUUGUAUAAUUAGAAUUAUAUGUAUGCUAUUAUAAUUUAAAUAUAUCUUGAAGUACAGAUGUCAGAUUAAAUAAAUCGUUAUUUAUUUUA